AUGUCAACACCAACACCCGCUGGCAAUAAACAUCCUGAGGGCGAGGAGCCCAAGACAACGCCCGUCUCGGAAACUGUAUUUCAGAAGACGGCCAACAAGGAGAUGGGUGUUAAACCGGAUGACUCCUCGUCCAAUGUUGCCAACUCGAGACGAGGCUCCGCCUCUCACGAUGGCAGUCACAAAGAAAUCGGCGUCAACAGGGUCGAAGCCUUCAACAAGCAGCUGUACCAGUCUGGUAAGAAAGGCAAGAUGUUGCUCUGGCUGCUCGGUAUCUCCAUCGGGCUGACCAUGUUUGCAUACGCACUCGACAUGGGCAUCACCACCACCAUUUUCGGCACCUUGGCAGCCUCAGCCUUUGGUCGCCAUAGCCAGGUCGGUGCCAUCAACACUGCUGGUCAAAUCAUUCGUGCUGUCAGCAAGCCUUUCAUUGGUAAGAUGGCCGAUAUUACUUCACGACCGACCACAUACGUUAUCAUCCUCGUCUUCUAUGUGGUGGGCUUUGCUGUCGCGGCCAGCGCUAAAACUAUCGCAUCGUACACGAUCGGUAUGUGCUUCACAUCGGUUGGCAAGUCCGGCCUCGAUCUUCUUAGCGAUAUUAUUGUUGCCGACUUGACGCCUCUCGAAUGGCGCGGUUUCUUUAGCGCUUGCCUGUCUCUCCCAUUUGUCGUCACGGUGCCCGUCAACGGCUUCAUUGCAGAUGGCUUUGUCGACAACUGGCGAUGGGGUUUGGGCAUGUUCGCCAUUCUUGUGCCCGUUCUUCUCGUUCCCGCCAUCAUUACCCUGUAUUCAAUGCAGCGCCAGGGUGAAAAGGCGGGCAUGGUCACCAUGGCUGACUCCAAGGACGUACGCACUGGCGCCGCUGAGGCUACAGCUAAGGGCUUUGGAUAUUGGGCCAAACUGGCAUACCAAGGUCUGAUUGAUAUUGACAUUUUUGGUCUUAUUCUCCUUGGUUUCGCCUUCUCCCUGAUCCUCUUGCCCUUCGUUCUCGCCAAGGGCUCUCAAGGUGGCUGGUCCAACCCUAGCAUGAUUGCCAUGAUUGUCGUAGGUUUCGUCUGCCUCAUCAUCUUCGUGCUCUUCGAAGUAUUUGUCGCACCUAAGCCUAUCAUGACCAAGCGCAUUAUCAAGAAUCGCGCUUUCAUUGCUGGUGUCAUAAUUCACACCUUCAACCAGAUGGCCUCGUCUGUUCGCAACACUUACUUCCCGUCCUACAUUUUCAUCAUCAAAGACUGGACUGUCUACCAGUGGACCAUCUUCUUGGGUGUCACUACCAUGGGUCUCUGUCUAGUCGGCCCCGUCGUAGGUCUGGUCCACCGCGUCUCUCACCGCUACAAGACCGUCAUGGUUGUCGGUGCCGCGGCCAAGAUUCUUGGCUAUGGUCUCCUAAUUGAUCCCACUGGCCAUAUGACUCAGGACACUGCUCGCCUUGUUGCCGCACAGCUAAUCUUCUGUCUCUCUGCCCUCAACGUCGUCGGCGCCCGUGUUGGUGUUCAGGCCUCAGUUCCUCACGAGGACUUGGCCUCCAUCAUCUCCAUCAUCACUCUGUGGUCUACGUUGGGAUCUAGUAUCGGUAGUGCCAUUGUGUCUGCCAUCUGGACCAACCAGAUGCUCGAUCAAAUGUACACAGAGCUUCCCGGAGUCCCUAAUAAGACUGUCCUCAAGAUCUAUGGUAAUAUCAGGGCGCUGCGCAACCAAUAUGACUUCUUGAGCCCUAUUCGCCAGGGUUCCAUUCGAGCCUACGCCAUUGUAAACGGCCACAUCAUCGUCACUGCUAUCUGCCUGUCUGCCCCUCCUCUCAUUGCUUCUUUCUUCAUGCCUAACUACUACCUCGGCAAGCAGCAAAAUGCCAUCAAUAACAAGGGCCUUGAUGGCGAGGUUGUUGAUGUGCCCGGCCAACAUGGACAGAAGGAAGAGUCGGUCUCUACUGAGCCUAAGUCUGUGUCACUGUGGGAGAAGAUACUUGCUUUGUACCGAAAGUAA